CGGCGCCGCGGGGCCGCGGGAGCUUCAGCAACAGCGGCCGGCCGCGCGCGGCGCUGAAAUCCAACAAUUGAAGGUAUCUUUUUCAGGGUGAAGUUUCAGUAUCUUCAUGUCAAUGAAGAGCAGGAUACCUCUCAUUCUUCUAGCUUGUGGCUCCUUUAACCCCAUCACAAAUAUGCAUAUGCGUUUAUUUGAGCUGGCUAGAGAUCACCUGCAUCAAACAGGAAGAUACCAAGUGAUUGAAGGCAUAAUGUCUCCUGUCAGUGAUGUCUAUGGAAAGAAAGGCUUGGUUUCAGCAAAGCAUCGGAUAGCAAUGGCCAAAUUAGCACUGGAGACAUCUGAUUGGAUUCGAGUUGAUCCAUGGGAGACUGAGCAGGAGUCAUGGACAGAGACAGUAAAAGUGUUAAGGCACCAUUACAAUGAGUCAGUCAGACUGCUCCAGUCCAAGAAGGAAUUUGUGAAAAACAAACAGCCCACAGAAAGAUCUACAGGAAAUUUCAUUUCUUCCCAGUGCUCAGUUACACCGGAACUAAAGCUGCUCUGUGGGGCUGAUUUUCUACGUACGUUUCAGACACCCAAUCUCUGGAAGAAAGAGCACAUCCAAGAAAUCUUAGAACAGUUUGGUUUGGUCUGUGUAAGCCGUGCUGGCUCUGAUCCUGCUCAGUACAUCAGUGAAUCAGAACUUCUAACUAAAUUUCAGCACAAUAUCUUUCUAGUGAAAGAAUGGAUUCAGAAUGAAAUCAGUUCAACACAGAUACGCCAAGCCUUGUGCAGAGGACUAAGUGUAAAAUACCUCAUACCAGAUUCUGUCAUAGCCUACAUUGCUUACCAUAAUGUCUACACAGAAGAAAGUGAGCGGAAGAAUGAAGGUGACUUGCUUCAGCCUCUGAAGUUGCAUAACACAGCGGAUGCCUUCAGCUAUCCUGUGAGUUAACAGCAAGCUCUGGAGGACUGCUCUACCUUUGGUUUUUCUUACACUUGGGAAAGAGGAAGGAAAACAGGCGAAGGCCUGACUGUGGGCCUCAUGUAGCUUCUUAUUUUACUACAUAAACAGGACUGCAUAAAACCAUGAUAUACUAGAAGAGUAGAUUCAACAGAUAUGGAAAACUAGCUACUCACUUUUCUGAAAGAGAGUAGCUGCUACUACUUCACACUGAAUGAGUGCCAGCACUUGACAUUUUCUGUAUUGCAACUAAAAUGUAAAUUGUUUUCUAACCUAAGAGUACACAUUUGGCUCAGAAUUAAUAAAAUAUAGAUAAGUACGUUUGGGAAGUGUCAUAACUUGCACUGCUGAAAUCAGCAUACAGACUUCAAGGACUUUUGGUCUAAUGUACUGGAAAUACUUGGAUAUUAUCCCUUUGAAAUAAAGAAUUCUGCUCAUGUAGGA